AUGAAUCAAUCAUCAACAGCCACAACAGACCAUUCUGAAUCUUCACCGUUUCGUAGAGGUUCUGAAAAUCAACAUGCUCCCAACCACGACAGUAUGACUCAUAGUAAUCACAGUGAUAGCAAUGAAGACUUGUCUGUAUUGGCAGCUAAACAGCAAAAACUCUCAAAACUGUACAUGGAUAACGUUCCAAGCCAUGUUUAUCCAGAAGGAACGCUCUACUACAAUAGUGCAAGUACUAAUUUUCAAGGCGCGGCAAAUACUAACACUGCAGGUCCAAUCAGAAAACAGAGCACUUCUCCAAUACUUACAGCAAGCAACAUGCUGGCACCCAAUACACAAAACAUGCGUAUUGCUGCACAGGAUGCUGCUUUUGAUUCCUUGACAAACGCCCCAAAUCAAAUGCCCCAUCAAUCAAUGAUCAAUAAUAGGCAGAGUAGUAAUAAUGGCACCUUGAUGUUAAAAAGAAGUUCAAGUCAACAACAGACCAAUGAAUCGCAGCUGACAGCGUCGACCUCAGCGACUCCUCAUCACAACUAUUCAUCUCCUACUCUACUCUAUCCACCACCACCUCCUUCUUCUAGCUCUUCCUCUUCACAGAGUAUUCAAAAUAUGUAUUCCAAUACAAGUGGUGGUAGUAAUAGUGGAAAUCCAAUGACUUCUUCGACCACAACCCCAACAUCAUCAUCUUCAGCGUACAAUCAUCAUCAUGGCUCAUCGCCCUACCAUCAUCACCAUCAUCAUCAUCAUUCACAACACCAUCACGAGAUGCCUUCACCUUCAGACCCGUAUGAAAUGGUACACUCGUCGUCGAGUAGUAGUGAAAAAUUGCCGAGUUUGCAUUCCCUGAUGGAGCCUCCCACUCAUCAAUCAGCAGCUGAUGGUAUUGGCGCUAGUAGUAAAAACAAUCAUUCAAUAUCUGUAACUAGAGGCAGCAAUAGUAGUGCUGGCAUGCAACAAGUACCAACUCAUCAUCAUUCACAUGUGAGUGGAGGGUCAACUCCUUUUCAACACAACCACUCGCAACAUGGUAACACCACCUCGAACCACCACCAUCACAACAAGCGUGCACCGUAUGCUUCCUCCAUGCCACAUGCAACCACCACUCAGCCUGUUCCUUACCAUGUAGAACCUGUGCAUUCCUAUGGAAGCAGCAACAACAACAGCAAGGCAUCCUCUCAUCACAUGGACAUGUUUGGUCAUAGUCCAGGCGUGCCUGUUGCUUCUUCUUCUCAUGUACAGCAAAAUUAUCCCAUCCGACAUUCACCCUAUGGUGAGACAAACUCUCACAUGUAUCCUCCUGGAGUUGUUGCAGCCUCCUCUUCAAGAAAAGUAAGAUCUGGAAGUGGAGCAUCGAUGGGUGCCAGAGAGAAUGAAACAUCACAAUCGUCAUCCUACUUGUUCGAUCAUCCAGGAAAAGUUAACAAUCAAAAGAAGAAGGCAAAAGAAAGUACCGACGACUACAAUGAAGACAAGAAAAAUUGGAAAAAGAAGAGAUUAUUCAGCUUGGAUGAAGUCACAGAUUUAGUGGCCUUCGUUAAGCAAAGAUCGGAAAAUCAAGAACUAGCACGAGAUGUGAAUUAUGCCAUUUUCAAAGAAUAUGAAAAAUUACAAGGUGAAAGAAGAAGAGCCAGUGUCUACAGAAAAAAAUAUGUUCAAUUAUUCGAGAGAAAUUUAAUUGCAAAGGACGGAACCAUUGAUCCAUCGUUAUUCCAAGAGUAUGACCAAAGAUCGUAUCCAAAGAAUUCAAGCAAGUCGUACGUAUCAGAAGAUGUACCUACUAAGGAAGAAAGUUCAAAGAGAAAGUACGAUGAAGAAUCGUUUUCUGACUCUGAUGACAGUCUUGACGAAGAUAAGAAAGGAGGAACAGAAUCUCCUUUGCAUCCUUCAACAAGCUACAAACGGCCCAAAGCAGAGAAUAACAAGAAAUAUAUGGUCGAAGAGACAACAAAUUUUGAGGAAUCUGAAAAGGAUUCAACACCAACGCGAGCAUCCUCGGAAAUCCAACAAGAUCCAAACAUUACCAUUUGUGUCUCGUUGAAUGGAAGAAACUAUUUACACAUUCUUGAAAGAGAAACAUUCAAAAGCAUUGAGCAAUUAUUUGCACACUUUAAGGAACAAUCAAACUCGUCGUUGAGAGGUUUAUCAGCCACCUCUUCAGAUGAAUCCGAUCAAGCUCCAACCGAUACUAUUCAGCUUCAAACCAUUGAUUAUUACGAUAACACUUUCCACGAGUGGAUUGAGGUUAAUUCGCUAUCUAUUCAGCGAGUGCUAGGAACAAACCCAAUAAAACUACGUCUUAAUACGGCGUAA